AUGUGGCCGUUGUUUCUGCAACAGCGGCGCCUCACUUCUAUUAUUAGCCGCCUUAGCUCCGCUGUGGCGUCACAAGCGGCAUCGUUGGUGGACACGCAUCUCAUGCCACUCGGCGAGCGAUGCAUCACGGAACCGCGUCGUCCGUAUCCACGACGGGCUUCCAUGCAGGAGAACCUGGCGGAACGGCUAACAUUGCAGCGAAGCCUGCGGGCCCAUCUCCUGCCCUCGCAGAUUAUUGUGUCCAAGGACAAGUUGUACAUUGACCUCGUCUGGCCAGCGACCGCGCUGCGUGCCGUGGAAGCACUAAAAGAAAGGGAGGCAUUGCCACUGAAGGGCGCCGCUGACAGUGGUGGGAUUGGUUCUGAGGCCGAUGGGCAGCACGGCGCGGAAUUGGCUCCGGGAACUGCAGGCCGCAGGUGUUUUGAGGGGAGUCCGCUGGAGCAGCACCGGACACGCUUUCUUGCCGAGUUUCUUCGGGCGUUUUCCCCGAGCACCGACGUCGUUGGCGCCGACGUCCUCAUCUAUGGGCGCCGCGGGAUCACCAUCACCGACGUCAUUCCCGUCGGCAAUUACGCCCUCCGCAUCGUCUUUUCGGACGGCCACUCCGGCGGCAUCUACCCGUACGACUACCUCUUCCACCUCGGUCGCGAAAAGUACGCGCACAUGCGAGCGUACAUCCGGCGUUUGCGGGCGAAGCGCAAGUCGAGAGACCCGCCGAGGCGUGCGCCUUCGCGGCGUUUCUCGCGUGCUCAGGGCGUAUCAAAGGAGGAGGGACCACAGACAAACUGCCAUGGGCGGGACGGUCAAGGAUCUCCAUUUCAUUCUUGA